UAUACAUGUAAAGCUGGGUUUUUUUCUUACUUCCAGUUCUCUUCCUCAAAACUCUCUCUCGCUUUUUUUUUUCUCCUCUGUUUUCUUGUUUAAUCGGCCGAUCAUCAAUUUCAUCACCUUUUUUGUUCUCUCUCCCGGCGAAUCCAAAUCUCUCCGAUCUCUCUCUCUCUUUCAACUUUUUCACUGGUUGCUGUGUUAAAUGCCAGUUGUGAAACCUGUGAGCAGUAUUAUUGAUGUGAUGAGACCGGCUGAGGGGAAUGAAUCUUCCCUAGAUACAUUCAUCAGGGAUGCCAUUGGAAAACAGCCGCUUCUUUCUAUUUCAAGGCCGAAUGAUAACCCUGUUCAGUGGAUCCAAUUACUCCAUGCUCUCGAUCAGCCAGAUUACCCAGGUUGGCCUUUGCUCACUCCUUUGAAGGCGCAGAUGCAAAAGUGCAGCAAGUGUUCCCGAGAAUUUUGUUCUUCCAUUAACUAUAGAAGACACUUGCGGGUUCAUCAUCGAUUGAAAAGACUUGAUAAGGAUUCUGCCAAAAAUAGGGACUUGUUAGGAGCAUUUUGGGAUAAGCUCUCUGAGGAUGAGGCAAAGGAAAUCUUAUCAUUCAAGGACGUGACUUUUGAGGAAGUUCCAGGGUCUUCAAUUAUAAGGUCAUUGAUGACGGUUAUUCGGAAACCAGGGAUCUCUUCACUUACUCAAUCUUGUUGGAGAGCUGGUUCUGACCUUUUGGAUCUUGUCCAGGGGAGGCCCUCCAGGUUUCCUUUGUCUUCUGGGCAACUCUUCAGUACUCUUGAUGAUGCAAGUGAAAAUACGUUUUUAUGUGGAACAGCUGUAUUAAUACAAAAAUAUAUUUUUGAUGGAGGAGCUGGGAAGAUAGGGCUUGAAACAAAGAACAUAGUUGCUUGCACAAGCUUUGUGGUGGAACAGAAAUUGAUUAACGCAUGGCUUGCAGACCAGGAUGCAGAAGCUUUGAGGUGCCAAAAGUUGCUCGUGGAGGAGGAGGAAGCUGCACAAAGAAGGCAAGUUGAACUCCUGGAAAGGAAGAGGCAGAAAAAACUGAGGCUCAAAGAACAGAAAGAGAAGGAGCAAAGGCUAGAUGAUAAGGUUGAUGAUAAGGAGUGUAUUGAGGACACACUGGAGGCUGUGCCUCAAGCUGAACAAUCCUGUCCUUUGGCUAUAUCUGAUUCUGAUACGCUUGGUUCAGAGAUUCUGCCAGAUGAUGUUCCCUCAUCUCUUGAACCCUUACAACUACCAAGAACAGAUGAAGAUUUUGAUUUGGAAAAUCAGAUGGGAUGCGGUGGUGGACGGUCAAUGUUACAAGGAAAGAGUCAUAUGCAUAUUGUUGUUGCUCGAUGGCAUGGUCCUUUAAAAUCACAGCGGAAUCAUCUGUCAUAUGGUUUCCAUGCUAAUCAAAAUUCUCACGCCCCAAAACCUGGCACCAUACAGAAGCAUGGAAAUCUAAGGGAUUUUAAGCCUGGACCUGUAAUGAAUGGCAACAGAAAAUGGAGCCGAAAACCUAAACCAGAAUAUAAUGGGGAGAGUUUGAAAGCUAGAGUGCAAAAGGAAGUAGUAACCGUACUGGAUCAUGAUAAGAAGGGGGAGGUUCUGAUUGGUUCUAUAUCUGUCACCCUUGGAGAUUGUAGCCAUGAUGAAGGUAACAAUUUGGAUGGAGCCCGAGCUGAUUACCUGGUAGAGCAUGAAAUUCUAAAGAAGAAAAAUGUGCAGGAGAAGCACAACAGACCUGAUUCAGUUCAAUGUGGCACAAAUCGUUCAACAGUAAAGCUUUGGAGGCCUGUUAGUCGGAAUGGAUCGAAAGAUCUAAUGCUAGUUGAAAAUGGCAGUAGAGAAUGCCAACACGACAACAUUGAUGGGAAGGGUGAGGAUCAGAACUUCAAUGACAGCUCUCCAAGAUCAUGUGCCAUGGACAAUACUUUUGGUGGGAUGGAAAAUGGUUCUCUACCUGGAGGGCUUCUUCCAGGAGUCUUGCAGUUUACAAGCCAUGAAGCAAGGGCUUUUCUUGCAGAGAGUAAGUUCAUAUUUGUUUGCACUUGCACUUGUAUAGUCCUUUUCCCACCGUAUUGUGUCAUCAUUCUGCUCUUAUAUGUUCAUAGCUUAAUUUGCUUGGCCUCUCUCAAUCUGAUUGGCUAUAUAUCUCCUGUAGGGUGGAAGGAGGCCAUUGCUGCUGAACAUGUGAAAUUGGCUCUAUCCCCAGACUAUCAAAUUGCUACAAAUCAUUCAUCGGAUACAAGUAAGCACAACGAUAUCAGCAGUGCAGAAAAUCAGUUGUUUAAUGUGGAGGCACAGGAGUCUUCAACUUCUGGAGCUGGUAGAGCCAAGUAUAAAACAAAGCCUGAUAAUGGUGUCAAGUUAAAGUAUAUACCGAAACAAAGAACGAUCAUUUAAUAUAAGAUGGAGAAGAGAAAGGGAUAAUUUUAUUUUAUGGAUGUGCACAGUAUUAUCAUUGUUGCAUUCUUAGCAGAGGUUCCAGUUUUACCGAUGGUCUUCUGUCAGAAAGUUGAAGAAAGGUUUCGCCCUUUUGCUAUUCCGCCAUUUUUUUUUCCUGUCAUAGAAAACUAAACUUAGGUAUUUUUGGAUUAAUAGUCCAAAUUUUUGUGUAAUAAAUUUUGUUUUCUUGGCUUUGCUUCGUUCCUCCUUGUGGGGUUCCUUUUUGGUGGCUGGGGCAACCAUUCCUCAGAAAAUGGAGCCUAAAUGUGGACUUGCGAAUGUAGCUAUGUAUUCAUUUUUGGCCA